AUGAGUAACUGGCAGCCUCAACCACAAGGUCUUUCUGACCUUUUACAACUUUUGCGUGAGGCUAUUAAUCCAACAGAUAGUCAAAAUGUUCAACAAAGAUUAGAAUACUUUAACAAAGUUCCUGACUAUAAUUCCUACUUGGUUUACAUUUUAACUCAAAUGCCUCAAGAAGAUCAGUACAUUCGUUCUGUUGCAGGCUUAACUCUCAAGAAUAACAUUCGCUCAUACUAUCCUACUAUUCCUCCACAGGUUCUUGACUACGUUAAAGAAUGUUGUCUUCAACAUAUUGGUGACAGUGAAGUAGGCAAACCUGUCAGUUUAGUGAUUGCAGCUAUUGUUCAACGCGGACAGAUUCAAAAUUGGCCACAGGCUAUUCAAGUCUUAUUGGCAAAACUAGAUGAUCCUAAUCCCAUUGUAGUUGAGAAUGCGUUUAGCACUUUCCAAAAGAUUUGUGAAGAUUGCUCCCGCGACUUGGAUACAGUGAUUGGCGGUGUUCAGCCAUUAGAGUUUAUGAUUCCCAAGUUCAUUGCCUUCUUUGACCACCCAAAUCACAAAGUGCGUCUCAGCGCCAUCUCAUCCACCUCUCAAUUCAUUACGCUUCGUUCGGAACCUCUUAUGAAACGUAUCAACGAAUUCUUGAGCUCCCUCUUCAAACGUGCCACGGACGAUAACAUCGAAGUUCGUAAAGCAGUAUGCCAAAGCUUAGUUGGCCUGCUCGAGAUAUGCCCCGAUGUGCUCUUACCUCACUUGCCCGAUUUAGUCGAAUACAUGCUCUUCUGUACCCAGUCCGAUGAUGCCGACUUGGCCCUUGAAUCUUGUGAAUUCUGGCUAGUCUUUGCUGAACAAGACGAGCUCCGAGAACAACUCCGUCCUUAUCUCCAAAAGGUUGUACCUGUUUUGCUGAAGGGUAUGGUCUAUUCCGAAAUGGACUUGCUCACCUUGGGAGGUGAUGAAGAUGAUGCUCAUGUUGCUGAUAGCGAGCAAGAUAUCAAACCUCGUUUCCAUAAAGCCAAUGUCGUUGGUCAUACCGAUGGAGAAGAUCAACAAGGUUCAGAAGAUAAGAAGCUGCACGAUGACGAGGAUGAUGAAGACGAUGAAGAUGAUGAUGAGUUUGAUGAGUUUGAAGAUGAUGAAUUCUAUGGCGAAUGGAAUUUGAGAAAGUGUAGCGCUGCUACCUUGGAUGUGCUCUGUACUUCCUUCAAGGCUGAAGUCGUCCAUAUUUUGAUUCCUCUUCUCAAGACUGAAUUAGAAAGCGGCGACUGGCUUCAUAGAGAAUGUGGUAUCCUUGCUCUUGGCGCUGCUGCUGAAGGUGGCAUUGCUGAAAUUGCUCCUCAUCUUCAUGAACUUGUGCCUUAUCUCUUGAAUAACUUGAAUGAUCCUAAGCCUCUUGUUAGAUCCAUCACUUGUUGGACUCUUGGUAGAUACUCAUCCUGGAUCGUUCGCACCAGCCAACAAAGCCCAGAAGCUCGUCAACGUUACCUUGAGCCUCUUGUUCAACUUUUAUUGCAACGUGUAUUGGAUAACAACAAGCGUGUACAAGAAGCGGCCUGUUCUUCUCUCUCAUUGCUGGAAGAGGAGGCCACUGUCGAUUUGAUCCCAUAUCUCUUGCCUAUAUUGACCACUCUUUCUGCUGCCUUUGACAAAUAUCAACACAGAAACUUGUUGCUCCUUUAUGAUACUGUAGGCACCUUGGCUGAUGUCGUUGGAGAAGCUUUGAACAAUCAACAGUUUAUCGAUUUGAUCAUGCCUCCUCUUAUUAGAAAAUGGCAAGCAAUCCAUGAUGACAAUACAGACCUAUUCCCCUUGCUAGAGUGUCUUUCAUCCAUUACAACUGCUUUGGGUAAAGGAUUCAAACCAUUUGCUGAACCAGUUUAUAGACGCUGUGUUCUACUUGUUUUGAAGACGUUGGAAGAAUGUCAAGCAUUUUCCAUGGAUCCUUCUUUAGAUGAGCCCGAUAAGGACUUUAUGAUUGUCGCAUUAGAUUUACUCUCUGGUAUAGUACAAGCCUUAAAUACGGAUGCAGAGCCUUUAGUUGCAAGCACCAAUCCACCUGUUGUUCAGUUCUUGUCCAUCUGUGUUCAGGAUGAAGUAGCUGAAGUUCGUCAAUCCGCUUAUGCUUUGCUCGGUGAUCUUGCUAUCUCAUGCUUUGAGCAUAUCCGAGCUGUCGUGCCUCAAUUCAUGCCACACAUUCUUCAGCAGAUUGAUCCUCAAGCAGAACACUUGUCCGUUUGUAACAAUGCUACUUGGGCAGCCGGUGAAAUUGCACUCAAAUGGGGUAAGGAUUAUGUCGAGCCCUUGUUACAACGUCUAUUACUUUUAAUCAUGAAUCCUCAACUCCAGCGUACGCUUUUGGAAAACGUCGCAAUCACGGUCGGUCGUCUUGGUCUCGUGUGUCCCGACUUGGUUGCACCUCACCUUCAAGUCUUCGCUAAGCCCUGGUUGAAUGCUCUUACGCCUAUCCGACCUAAUGAUGAAAAGUUGACAGCAUUCAGUGGUUUAUGUGAAAUGAUCAAGAUUAAUCCUCAAGGCGCAGUUCAGGAAUUCCCCUUAUUAUGUCAUGCAAUUGCUAAUUACCAAACCGCUUCUCCAGCUUUACACGAGUCCUUUGGCAAUAUUUUGAUGGGAUACAAGAGUAUGUUUGGUGAAGCACAAUGGCAACAAUUUCUAGCCUCCAUGCCACCAGAAUUGAAAGCACCCUUACACGAACGUUAUGGUAUUUAA